AUGGUGGAGACUAUUCUCAAAGCUAUGGAAAACCAUUUUACAAAAGCUUAUUUGUUAUUUUUGAAAUAUGUGUUGAAUAUUAUGAAUUCGUUUAAUGCCUUAUUCCAAAGCAAAACUGUUUUAAUUCAUAAGAUAACUGAAGCUUCAGAAAAUAUUUUAAAAGACUUUUGCAGCAAUUUUAUAAAAUUAGAAGUUCUUAGUAAUAGUGAUAUAAAGAAUAUUGAUGUUGCAGAUCCAAAUAAUUAUUUACCAAGUAAAAGUAUAAACUUGGGUAUAGAUUCUAAUGAAUAUAUUAGACAUUUUUCUCCUGUAAACUAUGAACAAGUUAAAAACUUGUGCUUAAAGUUUUAUAUUACUGCUGCAUUAGAAAUAAAAAAGAGAUUACCUAUCAACAAUAUUAUAUUUCAGCAGCUCAGAUUUCUUGAUCCAAAGUUGGCACCAUAUGGUAAUUCUUAA